UGCGCACUCGCCGCUCGCCGUCGGAGGGGCGGGGCCUCCUGAGGAGCGACAGGACGCGGUGCCAAUCACCGGGCUGCUUCGCCCCGUGGCUCGGUUUGAAAUUCUGCGGGCUCAACGGCUCGCGGAGCGGCUGCACGGAGCGAGUUCAUCUGUCUUUGCGGUGGUUGCUGCGCGCGGGCCCGGGUGGAGCAGGUCGGGGGCCUCGACUCCCGGCUGCUUGGAGCGUCUGCCAUGAGGAGAAGUGAGAUAGUGGCAGAGGAGUCUAUAGUAUGUCUCCAGAGUGCCCUAAAUCACCUUCGGGAAAUAUGGGAAUUAAUUGGGAUUCCGGAGGAUCAGCGUUUACAAAGAACUGAGGUUGUAAAGAAGCAUAUCAAGGAACUCCUGGAUAUGAUGAUUGCUGAGGAGGAAAGCCUGAAGGAAAGGCUUGUCAAAAGCAUAGCUGUCUGUCAGAAAGAGCUGAACACACUGUGCAGUGAGCUACACGUCGAGCCGUUUCAGGAAGAAGGAGAGACGACCAUUUUGCAACUAGAAAAAGAUUUGCGUACCCAGGUGGAAUUGAUGCGAAAACAGAAAAAGGAGAGAAAACAGGAACUGAAGCUACUUCAAGAACAAGAUCGAGAACUAUGUGAAAUUCUUUGUAUGCCCCACUAUGUUGUUGACAGUGCCUCAGUUCCCAGCUUAGAAGAGCUGAACCAGUUUAGACAACAUGUGGCAACUUUGAGGGAAACAAAGGCAUCUCGGCACCAGGAGUUUGUCGACAUAAAGAAACAGAUCAUACUGUGUAUGGAAGAAUUAGAUCACACUCCAGACACAAGCUUUGAAAGAGAUGUGGUGUGUGAAGAUGAAGAUGCCUUCUGUUUAUCUUUGGAGAAUAUUGCAACACUACAAAAGUUGCUACGGCAGCUGGAAAUUCGAAAAUCACAAAAUGAAGCUGUAUGUGAAGGACUCCGUGCUCGAAUUCGAGAGCUCUGGGACAGGUUGCAAAUACCUGAAGAAGAAAGAGAAGCUGUGGCCACGGUUAUGACUGGGUCGAAGGCCAAGGUCAGGAAAGCGCUGCAAUUAGAAGUGGAUCGGUUGGAAGAACUGAAAAUGCAAAACAUGAAGAAAGUGAUUGAGGCAAUACGAGUGGAGCUGGCUCAGUACUGGGACCACUGUUUUUACAGCCAGGAGCAGAGACAAGCUUUUGCCCCUUACUAUUCUGACGACUACACAGAAGAUCUGCUCCAGCUCCACGAUGCUGAGGUGGUGCGGUUAAGAAACUAUUAUGAAGUUCAUAAGGAACUCUUCGAAGGUGUUCAGAAGUGGGAAGAAAACUGGAGGCUCUUCUUAGAGUUUGAGAGAAAAGCUUCAGAUCCAAGUCGAUUUACAAACCGGGGAGGAAAUCUUCUAAAAGAAGAAAAGCAACGAGCCAAGCUCCAGAAAACGCUCCCUAAGCUGGAAGAGGAGUUAAAGGCACAAAUUGAAAUGUGGGAACAGGAACAUGCACAGGCAUUUGUGGUGAACGGGCAGAAAUUCAUGGAGUAUGUGGCAGAACAAUGGGAGAUGCAUCGAUUGGAGAAAGAGAGAGCCAAGCAGGAACGACAAAUCAAGAAUAGGAAGCAGACGGAGACAGAGAUGCUCUAUGGAAGUGCCCCCCGGACACCCGGCAAGCGGCGAGGACUGACACCCAACACUCCAGGCAAAGUGCGCAAGCUGAACACUACCAUCAUGUCCAAUGCUACAGCCAACAGUAGCAUUCGGCCUGUGUUUGGGGGGACAAUGUACCGCUCCCCUGUGUCUCGGCUGCCGCCUUCUGGCAACAAGCCAGUUGCCACUUCCAGCUGUUCAGGGAAAAAAACACCCCGUGCCGGGAGGCAUGGAGCCAACAAGGAGAACCUGGAGCUCAAUGGCAGCUUCCUGAGCGGUGGGUACCCUGACUCGACCCCCCUCCAGCGCAACUUCAGCAUUAAUUCUGUUGCCAGCACCUAUUCUGAGUUUGCGAAGGAUCCGUCCCUCUCGGACAGUUCCACUGUUGGGCUUCAGCGAGAACUUUCAAAGGCUUCCAAAUCUGAUGCUACUUCUCGAAUCCUCAAUUCAACCAACAUCCAGCCCUGAGAAGCCCUGAUCAGUCAACCAGCUGUGGCUUCCUAUGCCUAGACCAAACCUAACUCUGUGGGGGUGGCUUUAGUUUUUUGUCAGUUUAGGUGUGCUUGGAACCUGGGCAGGUGCCAUUACCAUGGGCCUGAUGUGAAUGAGUAUACACAUAAAAGUCCAUCAUGGGUUUAGUGGGUCUUAGGAGACUUGGUUUUGUUUUGACUCACAUUAACACCUAGUUUAUAGCAAUAGUGCAAAUUCUAGCGUAUGGGACGCAGUUUCUUUCUCUACCCCAAAGUUCCAGUCACUUGCUGAAGCAUGGUCAAGGGCUCGUUUUAUUCGUCUUUGUGUAGGAAAAUGGUCAACUCUGCCUGUCCUUGGGGUAUGGGACAUGAAGUAAUUUUGGCUUGUAUACUCAUAAUUAGCCAUUAACUUCUUUUUUGUUUAGGGAUGUUGAAGUAAUGCUUAGCUGUGAUAGCUUUGCUCUCACCUGAAGGCCUGUCCCCACCACACAGGACAGUCUUCCUCCUGAUGAAAAUGUCUGUGUGUGUCAGAAGUUGAGAUGGCCUGACCUACUGCCAAAGAGGUGACAGGGAGGCUGGGAGCGCCUUUGUUAAAUUGUGUACAGUUCUGUUAAAUAGUGCAAUGCUCGUCGUUGGGAGUGUGUAUGAACACAUCUGUUUCCUCAGAGUUUAUCCCUGGGGCCAGUUCCCCAUCCCUGUGCCCGAAUUCUUCUAUCCCCUUGCACUUGGCAGCCAAGUCAGGAGGCUGUUUGGAUGGGUUGGGCCAUUUCCGUCGUGGAGUCCUGGAACUUUGCACAUGUCACUACUGGGGAGUUGUUCCUGCUAUGGAGCAUCCACGACGAGGACCUUCCGUGACCCACCCUGUCAGUCACUACUGUUCUUCCAGAGCACUAUUAUUUAUUCUUACUCUGCCUGCACCAGCAACACUGUCAACACAUUAAAUGGUUCUCAGAAGCUUAGCAGUGUGGCCUUGGUCUGUGUCAGCCAUGCUGUUUAGUCAUACAUAUACCUGUCCUGCUUUUAAAAUAUAAAUUCUUAAAUUAAAAUGUGUAUACUUACAUUUUAAAAAGA